CACAGUUGUUGUAACCCUAAAUUAACAAAGAUUCUCACCGGAGCUUUCGGACCAAACCAUGUGUGAUCGUGACCAACCGCAAGCCUUCUCCGUCGAAACCAUGUUCGAUACCAACUUUACCGAGGUCGAUAUGGAAGAAUUCAGGCGACAAACCACGGAACCCAUAUGCAAUACCGAAGAUGACCUUAUACAGUGCCUCCCCCCGCUGGUUUUUCACAAGUCUGGUAAGACAUGUGUGUUUUGGGAUGUGGAGGAUUACCCAAUCCCAGAUGGUCUCGAUGCUGCUUCGAUUUACCAGAGUAUCAAAGCGGCUGUCAAGAACUAUGGUUGUGAUGAGGAGGUGUUCAUUCAGGCUUAUGUUGGUAAUAAUACCAUCUCGGAUGAAUUCCGACGUCAAUCUUCGGAUGCUGGAGUCCGAUUCGAAGUCUUUGAGAAAUCCGGGGAUCAAUAUGGGAGACAUUGUUCCAUAUAUGGUGACGUUAUGUUGUGGACACUGGAAAAUCCUACACCAUCAAAUGUGAUUAUAGUCGCAAAAAUAAUCGACUACGACUUUGGUUUUGCUUUUAGAUGUUUGUCUGACUCCUGGUCGUAUGGUGUUCUCUUAUCCCAAGAACCUAAUCCAAUAUGGCGAUUUCCUGUUGGAAGCGCACCCACGUUUUUGGCAAGCAUAUUUGAUAGGAGCUCACCUAGAUUACCAACAUUGGCGAUUUCAUUGCCGAACGUUAGCGGCAGCGGAUAAUACUGUGAUUUAAGCCCCGUGACAGGAUACUCUGGCUGAUUCCGAGGACUAACUUUGUGUGCGCCCUUGCAAAUCUAUCUCUCCUCAAGGGAUGCUCUAUGCAUUAUGUGUUGGUGAUGUUAUAUAUAUUAGUUAGAUAUGAAGCUUUUGGAUUUGUCUAUCUAUCAUAUAUUAUUGUCUAUCUAUCAUAUAUAUUUGCUUUUGGACAUCUUUAUCUGACCAUCAUCGACGUAAACUGUGGUUGCAUCAUACAAGAGUUAAAAAAAAAAUCAAUCGUGAGUACUUGUGCUUGGGACUUGGAUAAGCGGAAGAUGUUGAAAUUGGAGGUAAAGAUAGGCGUUGAGUGAACAAUACAGGCAAAGAUAGAAGAAGAAGCAAGCAUCAUUCAUAUAUGGAACAAACUAACAAAGGUUAUGAAUAUGACUUAGGUCUUACUAUUUUAUUAAUUACUUCAAAGCGAAUCAUAAAGGUAGCAAUAUCGUAUUGUAUUGGGUUCCUUAUACGUCAUCUCUUAUUAUCGUAACCAAUAAAAAUAUAGUAUUAUGCUAUGUCAUGCCGAAAAUCUAAACCGCCAAAAAACUUGCCAACGAGGCUUGGCCCAUUGACAGACAACUUUGGUAGUAAACGUGUAACCUGCUGUAACCCUAAAUUCACAAAUUCCCUCAUCAGCCACCACUCUAAGAUUGAGCGUUCCAACGGAAAGGCAGCAUCUCUGAUCCUCUCGAAAGCUUGGCACGACGUAACUAUGUACACCAAAUUGUUUCCUCCGCUGACCGACUGGAAAUCCCGCUUCACUAACGUAUUAGUCGUAUGGGAGCUGGAGAAUUACAUAAUCCCAGAAGGUCUCGAUAUUCGUUCGACUCUUGAGAAAAUCAAAGCAGUUAUUGCCAAGGAGGAGGGUCUUAGGAGUAGGAACGUCAACAUCUGGAUUUUCGGUAGUGCUGACAAUUCAUGGUUGAAUGCAUUGAAGGAAGAAUAUUCGACAACCAAAGAUAGAUUCCAUGUCUACAGAGGGGAUCAACGUGCCAGAUUUAAUAGGAUUAUAGCGAACAUUGCUUUCUGGUCAUUCAACGUGAAAAGUCCAAUAAAUUUGCUGAUACUCUCAGAAAACAUGGCUCAGACGGAACAAGACCCCAAAUUCUGCAGAUUUCGUCUUUCUUUACAGAAGAGAGGUUUCAGUGUUGCCUCAGCCCACCCUUCGACUCUCCUUAACCAACAAACGGAGCCACUAGUUGCUCCCCCAUCUCGGUUCCCUGAAUUCAUCUGUACCACCUGCACCAGUAAAGAUGAUAAAGCAUGAUGAUUUCAAUGCUGGUGAAGAUGCUGAAGCAGUUAGAGCAAUUAUAAAUUUCAUGGAACGACCCCAACUUAAUUAAUUAACCUGUAUUUUGUUCUAUAAAUCGGUGAAAUAUUGUAUGAUAACUAGUGCGAGAAAUAUUUUCUUUGUAA